AUGGCUAGUAGAAUUAAAACUGAUGAAGGAGUUGAUUCCUUAUUUAAAUUUUAAAGAUAGUAGGUACCUUAAACACCUGAAGAAAUAAAAUAAUUUAGAUAAUCAUAUCGCAAGCAAUUAGGUAAAUCAUGUAUUCAUCCAAAGUUAAGAGUUGAUCCUAAAACCAUGCAAUUGCCUUCUGUUUAUGGAAAGCCUCAGCCUCCUUCUGAUCAUUAUGGCGAUUACUUUCAAGACAAAUUUGUAGGAGUAGAAGAUGUCGUUAAUGAUAUUCGUGAACAAAUUUAUGCCUCAAAUAAAGCGAUGCCUUUAGGAAAAACCUUAGAUCGUAAAUAUGUUUUCCCAGAUUAAGUGUAGAAAUAAAAUUUUAGAUAUGGCGCUACAACCAGAAAGGAUGAAAAAGAUGCUAAAGAUUUGAUAUACUCUUAUGUAGAUGAUGCCAAAUAAAAUGAAUAACAUUAAACUAAUAGACCCUUUUUGAAACCAUUAAGUUAACUAGAAGCAGGAGAAUAAUUCAAUAGAAGAUAUGAUACAAAAUACUUUAAUCCUGAUAACAAAUUUGGUGUUUCAUCAUUAAUUAAAACAGAUGAAAUGAAAAAGGUUUUUUAGAGUGAAGACAACUAAGCUAGCACAAAGAUAAUAGAUAGGAGAUAAGAACUGUAUCAGAAUGCAAAUCAUAUUCAUUUGGGAAUGCCUAAGUCUAGUUUUAUAUUUAAAGAUACAGCAAAGAGAAAUUUUUUAAGCUCCUCAACACCUAAUUUGAAUUUAUAGAAACUUGGUGUGGCUGAUUGUCUUAAAUAUAAAGAUCUUACCCUAUAAGAUGUAAUGUAAUCAAAUAUAGGUAGAUCUAUUCCAACAAUAGGAGUAAAAAGUGUAUCUUAGAUUGAUGAUAAAAAAAUAUUCGGUAUUCCCUCAAUUCGUACAGAUAUCAGUCCUCCUCGCUUUUAAUCAUUAACCAACUAAUAUAAUUAUGGAAAUGAGUUAAGUGCAAGCUAGCUGUUAAAUCCUUACUAAUAUUCUGCUUAUGGUUUAAAAGAGGAAGAUUUUUCUAAGUUAAGACCAAGAGAAGAAGUAAAAAAAAAACAUAGUUUAUUUUAUAUCAAUAGUUAUUAAAAAUAAAAUAAAGAUAAGAUAACUUCUUAGUGCUAUAGGUUAUAAUUAUAAAAUUGGAAAAUUUCAUGGAAUUUUUUAGAGAGCUUAAGAGAUUCAAGGAACAACAGAAUCAGGAUAAGUAAGUUUAAAAAGCUUUUUGUAAGCUAUGUAGGAGUUAGACUAGGUUUAAUGAUUCUAUUGCUAAAUAUUUAACAUAAAUUAAAUUUUAUUGUUUAAUUUACAUUUUAAUGCGUAUUAAAUAGAGAAUUUUAUUUAUCUGUUAAUAGUUUUUAUUUUUAAAAAAGUAAAUAAAUUAAUUCAUAUUAGUUCAAAGUAUAUCUGGAUAUUUUGUUAAUUAAAUUUGUAAUCGUAAACUUUUUACAAUUUUUCAUAGAAUAGAAAAUUUAUAACUGCAUUUCUCAGAAAAAAAAAUAAAAAACAAGACAUAAUUUAAUAAAAUGUAUUAUUGUUUAAUUUUCAUUAUUUGAAAAUUAUAUGAACAAUUAAAUAAAGUAGUUCAGUAAAAAUGUUAAAGAUCUCUUAGUAAUUGAAUAUUCAAAUAAAUAUUAAACAUCUAGGAGAUGA